CUGUUGGCUUAUGUUGACGAUGUGUUUGGGGUAGAGGAUGAUGAGGAGUUGGAGAUGUACGUCCCGUAUGGUGAGCUCAUGCCUCGGAAACAGGCUCGGUUACUCUGCCUGUGGGACUGGAUUGGGGUGCCACACGAACAGCGGAAACAGUUACACGGUCGGACGCUCAAGAUUAUCGGCUUCACGGUUAACCUCGAUGAACUCUCGAUCUCCAUUGAUUCUGAAUCCCGCCUGCGCCACGCACUCGCCAUCCGUCAGUUCCUCAAAGAUCGGAAGCGCCCUCUCGUCGAGUGGCAGCGAAUCCUGGGAUGGGCGAAUUGGAUGCUGAAUGUCGAUCCGCUACUCCGGCCCGCGCUCCAAUCGUCAUAUGAGAAGAUCAGAGGGAAGAAGGCUCGGAACGCCCCGGUGUUCCUGAACGUGGCUGUGAAGAAGGAUCUCGGAUGGUUUGCGGACCGGGUGGUGAGGUCGCGUGGAGUGUUUUUGAUGAAGUCGUCAGAUUGG